CAAUCAGCUGUUUUAAGCGCAACAGUGUGCAAAUAAUUUGAGUACCACAACAAUACAUUUUAAUAGUUUCUUAAUAAAACAAUAGUCCAGUUACACCCAUACACACACUCACACACACAUACACUAUGUCCUUGUCCCUGUUAAAAAAUGUCUUAUUAACUAGCAAAACAAAUCACAGUUCUUGCCUUGUUCAGCUGCUUAGACACUUCGCCUCAACUGGGGGCCAAGAAUCUGCGGCUCCAGUUAAACUUCUUGUACCGGCCGAUUAUGAGAUACUUGUUACACCCGAAAAUCGUGAACAUUGCUUGGAGAAGUUACGUAACCUGCCAGAAUUUCCCCGGCCAAAGUCGAUGACCAGCAAUAAGCAUGAAAAGAAAAUCGCAUCAGUUUUAGUGGCCUUGUGCCAGGACAGAGAUACCAAUGAGCUCUCUUUGUUGUACACUCGAAGAUCGCGUCACUUGCGUCGCCAUGGCUAUCAAGUCUCGUUUCCCGGUGGACAACUUGAUGAACAGGACAAAAGUUUUGUGGAUUGUGCCCUGCGAGAAACUGAAGAGGAAAUCGGUUUGCCACGUCAACGCAUUGAAGUGUGGGGCGAGGGUAAACAAAUAUUUUUACCCCGCACAUCAGCCAUUGUGCCGGUAGUGGGACAUAUACAGAAUUUCCACAUCUCCGAGCUGCAUUUGAAUCUGGAUGAGGUAGAGGAGGCAUUUAGCAUACCGCUAAACUCAUUAAUGGCCAGCACGGCGACAAGACAUACUCAAUUCCGUGCCGGCUACAGUGGUCCCGUUUUUAUGGUCGAUAACAAUCGUAUCUGGGGCAUUACUGGCUAUCUGACUCAAGUGUUUCUCCAUUGCCUGUUACCGAAAAAUAUGUUGCCCGUUUCCUUGAAGACAAACAUUAAGUUUAUACGUCCAUAUAAAUUGCCACCAAAACAGGCACAUCCUCAUCAUCAUCAUCAAUCAGAUUCAAAAAACUGAGAGUAGAAGGAUUUUUUAUCCUCAAAUUGACAAUAAAUCAGGUCUAUGUUGACUAUUAUAAAAUGUAAAUCAAAACUAGUUACAAUAUUAAUAUUAGUCUACUGUAAAAAGACAAUUUAUUCCUUGUGUUCAGAUUAAUUUUUAAGCCUGUUGAAUUGUUUUACAUAUAUAAAGACCAGAGGCUUUACAUGAUGCCAUACCUUCUUUAAAACGAAUUUUUAAUCUGUCUCGGAACAACAAAGUUGUACAAUUUGUUUGUUAUUGUUAAGCGCACAUUAGUAAAGCUUUAUAUAUAUAUUUCUAUAGAUAUUUUAAAUAAAACAUGUCGAAAACAAUGUGAUAUGCGAAAUAUGUUGCAAACAAUGACAGCGCCAAGUAUGGGGAGGCAGAAAAUUAUAGUUAUUAGCCCUUGGAUCAUUUAUUAUAUUUGACAAAUCCAUGACAUUUUAUUCCAACUCUUGUGAAAAGAAUAAACAAAUUUACAAAUUGUUUUA